GCCCAAGCAAUUGAAGGGGAGAGAGAGAGAGAGGGAGAGGGAGAGGGAGAGAGAGGGAGAGAGAGAGACUCUGGUGGAGUAGGGGGGGAGAGAGAGAGAGAGAGACAUGGGGGCAAUCGUCGUCGAUGAAAAGCUGAAGUGGGUCGAGCCCUCGGUCAGACUUUCUCGCUCCUGACCCUCUGUGAUCUCUCCCUCUUGUAUCUGUGUCUUCACUCUCUGCCUACCCUCUUCCCUGCUAACGCACAAACGGCAGAGGGAAGAGAACAGGGGAAGAGCAAGAGCAAGAGGAGAGGGAAUCUGCCGAAGAGGCCAGGCCAGGCCCCCCUUUUUGAUUUCUUCCUUGGGAUUCAAUCGGGUGCAGUUCUAUAUCUAUAAUGCCGGAGGUGAUUGUCUGCCCAAUCCCGAUUCCCCGAGGAAGUCGCUCCCUUUUAUGGUCACCUUUGGGACUAUGCUUACAUCGUACCACCGUUGAGUUGAACAAGCUGAAGUAACCCCUUAUGGUGUGAGAUUUUGGAGUUUUUGAUGUGGGUAUUUGGGAACACAUUGGCUGUUCUUUCUGGGGAUAUUGAAUUGCUUGAUGGGCUGAAGAAAUGAAAUUGAGGAACACAGCGAACAGGCAAGCAUCUUCGGCGGCAAUGAGGGAGUACAACGGCGCUGCGUACGUCACCAUUACCGAGGUGCCAUCCCCUAGGGCACCAGCUUCCUUCAAGAAAGUCUCGAUCCUGCCCCUGGUCUUCCUCAUCUUUUACGAGGUCUCCGGAGGGCCGUUUGGGGUGGAAGACAGCGUUGGGGCAGCAGGUCCCCUUCUAGCCCUGGUUGGCUUUCUGGUCUUCCCUUUGAUAUGGAGCGUCCCUGAGGCUCUGAUAACUGCUGAGAUGGGUACUAUGUUCCCCGAAGAUGGCGGUUAUGUUGUCUGGGUUUCCUCGGCACUCGGCGAUUACUGGGGCUUCCAACAAGGUUGGAUGAAAUGGCUUAGUGGGGUUAUAGACAAUGCCCUCUACCCAGUUUUGUUCCUCGACUACUUGAAAUCGGCAAUCCCAGCUCUAGAUGGUGGGUGGCCUCGAGUGCUUGCAGUGUUGGCACUCACUGUUGUGCUCACUUACAUGAACUAUCGUGGAUUGACCAUUGUGGGUUACAUAGCAGUGGCUCUCGGUGUUUUCUCUCUUAUGCCCUUCGUGGUGAUGGCGCUAUUAUCAAUUCCAAGAUUGGAGCCCUCUCGGUGGUUAGUUGUGAACUUGCACCAUGUCGACUGGAACUUGUACCUAAACACCCUCUUCUGGAACCUCAACUAUUGGGACUCCAUAAGCACUCUCGCUGGGGAGGUGGAGAACCCAAAGAAGACCCUCCCGAAAUCCCUCUUCUAUGCUCUGAUCCUCGUGGUUCUGGCCUACUUCAUCCCUCUCCUGGCUGGUAUCGGUGCAGUCCCGCUGGACCAGUCCCUCUGGACUGAUGGGUACUUUUCGGACAUAGCGAAGAUCAUUGGAGGUGUGUGGCUUCGGUGGUGGAUGCAGGCAGCUGCAGCCACUGCAAACAUGGGGAUGUUUGUGGCUGAGAUGAGCAGUGAUUCCUUUCAACUUCUCGGAAUGGCCGAGCGAGGAAUGCUCCCUGAAUUCUUCGCCAAGAGAUCUCGGUACGGGACCCCUCUUGCAGGCAUCCUAUUUUCUGCCUCAGGCGUGCUCCUCCUCUCGUGGUUGAGCUUCCAAGAGAUCGUGGCCGCAGAGAACUUCUUGUACUGCUUUGGGAUGAUCCUCGAGUUCAUAGCCUUCGUGAAGUUGAGGAUAAAGUAUCCGAAUGCCUCACGCCCCUAUAAGAUUCCAGGCGGGACAGUCGGGGCCAUUGCUUUGUGCGUCCCUCCUACCAUACUCAUAGGCAUCGUCCUUGCUCUCUCGACGCUGAAGGUUGCGAUUGUGAGCCUAGGGGCGGUGGUGAUUGGGCUGUUAAUGCAGCCUUGUCUCAAGUUUAUGGAGAGGAAGAGGUGGUUGAAGUUCACAAAGAGCACAGAUCUCCCAGAUCUCGAUCAGGGGACUAACGUGGCAUUGGUGGACUAGUAGAUCGUGUUUGUGCAGUAGAACUAUGAAAGAAACGUCGUGUCGAAAGGGAAAUUCUGUUCAUCAUCUCAUGUGUUUUAAAGCUGAUUGUAGAUAGGGAAGAAAAUGUUUUAAGUGUAGAUUUCUGUCAAAUUCUAGUUUUCAGGUUCUACUCAUCAAACUUCAUUAAAGAAUUUGCAGCUGUUGUGAUCUUAUGAUGUCUGUCCCUCCCGGUAAGGGGCAAAAGAAGCGGGAAAUUGGAAAAGGUGAUUCUGGGUA